AUGGCUUGUCUUCAAUCACAUUUCACAGUUCCUGAAGAGUCCACGGCGCCUGGACUUCUCUUCCAGUGGCGAGAUGAGCAUGGCAAUCUGCAGCCACUUGGCUCCGGGUACGACAUUCUGCCCGUAAAGAUCUCUGAGUAUCUCGCCUCCCGGCAGGACUGGGCCGGCAGUUCUUCACCAACAGUUGAGGGACUUUUGGCCAGAAACUCGCUUUCAAUGCACUGCAGGCCCUGCGUCGACGAGUUUCGCCGCACCGUCAGCAUCCCCGCCGAAGAGAUGGUUGAGAUCCGUGAUGCCGGGAUCAUGGGAAUGGGUGCCUUUGCCAAGGUCGCCAUCCCAAAAGGCACACCGCUGGGUGAGUAUCUUGGUGAGUUGCUUCCCGCGAACCUCAGCCUCAAGGACGAUCUCUUUAGCUUCAGCAUUUCCGACCGGGUUCAGUGCACAGCGAUGCAGUUUGGUAACUGGGCGCGAUUCAUGAAUCAUCACUGCACGCCAAACGUGUCUACCCGAGCUACAAUGUACGGCCGUCGUUAUAACGUAGUCUUGUUCCGUGCCGGUCGUGAUAUUGCGGCAGAUGAGCAUAUUUGGGCUAGGCCGCAGCAGCGGCGGCCGCCACCACCACCGCAGUGGAACGAGGAAGAGAAGGAGUCAGAGAAGCAAGAGGACGGUGAAAAAGAGGCGGAGGAGGAGGAAGAGGGGGCGGAGGAGGUGUUGCAGUACCCGGUUCACUUUUCCCAGUGGACGCAGAGCGAGACACAGCAACAGCAAGGACGUGACAAAAUGCCUGCGGCCGAGGGGCAGGCGGUCGAAUCUUCAAAGUCGACCCCAAAGACCUCUCCUGAGACCUCCCUCAGGACCUCCCGCAAAUCCUCUUCCAAGAUGAACAAGUCCCCCUCCAACUUACAGGCAAUUAAAAGGAAGGAGGUUUUCCCUCCCAGGCACCAUAUGGUGCUACGAUCGCACAAGGUGAGCGGCGUCAGGAAGCAGUACCAUAAGUACUACAACAGCCGCCUGUCUUAUUCCGAAAAGCUCUGUCUCUGUUGUCGUUUUGAGGGCAGUCUCGAGAACUGA